UACUUGACAUUGAUUGAUAACAACCUUUAGUUUGAUAACCCCACGAGAUAAUAGCUCAAUAUUGUUGUCUUAAAAUUGGCCAAAGAUGGACAGAAAAUGCAAUAAAGUUGUAAUAUAAUGGCUAACACCCCGCAGAUUUCCUAAAAUUGCAAAAUGCCUAAACAUAACGAAGCAGUGAUGCCAUCUUUGGAUGUAAAAGAACCUCUAGGUAUCGCUCCGGGUGUACUAGCUAAGCGUGACAUCGUCAAAACAAGUACUUGGUGUCCAAAUCCUAAGCCAGACAUCGAAUUCGAUCAGUGGUGCGAUCCUCUCAAUCCUAAAACAAUAAUAUACAAAGAUGUUCUGAAAGCAGCAUCCGCUAUCAAAGAAGAAUAUCCUUAUACCCCUCUUGUGAAAUCGCGUUACUGUAAACAAUUUGGGUUAGAUUUGCAUUACAAAUUUGAAAUAUUUCACCGAACAGGAAGUUUUAAUGAACGAGGUGCUCUAUAUUCGUUAAUGAUGCUUAGUGACGAGCAAAAAAAGAAUGGUGUCAUUACAGCAUCGUUAGGUAAUUGGGCAAUGGCUCUAGCGUACCAAGGUUAUAAACUAAACAUUCCUAUUAUGGUGGUAUUGCCGGUCCACACUUUACUCAGCACUGUUGAGAAAUGCGAAGAUUUUGGGGCAACGGUCGUUUUGAAUGGGGUUAACCUGGCCGAAUCUAAGAGACACGCCUUUGUAAUGGCUGAACAAAAUAGCAGGACCUACAUUAAUGGCUAUGAUCACCCCCAUGUGAUCGCGGCAUCGGGAACUAUUGGAUUAGAAAUAUUAGAGCAAUUGCCGCAAACGGAUGCUAUUCUCGUGCCUGUGGGUGGUGGAGGACUAAUCGCUGGCAUCGCUGCAGUCGUGAAGCACCUUAAUCCUCAAAUCCUUAUUUACGGCAUAGAACCAGAUAAAUGCUGCAGUUUCUUCAAAGCCAUGGAAAAUGAGGAACCUUACCAAACGGCUAUAGGGAGAAGUGUAGCAGAAACUUUAGGUGUUCCUACUGCAGGCUGUAAUGCCUUUCACACGGCAAAAUCUUUAAUCGAUAAAAUGGUCUUGGUUGAUGAUGACUGGAUUGCGAGAGCCAUAUUGCAUUUAGUCGAAAACGAAAAAAUGGUAGCCGAGGGUGCAGGUGCCACUAGCCUAAGCGCUCUUUUGGCAGUCCCUGACGUUCUACCAGAACUCAAAGGGAAAAGCAUUGUAUGUGUAAUCACCGGGGGCAAUAUUGACCAAAUAAUACUACCCAGAUGUUUAGAACGAGCGAAAGCUGUUGAAGGUCGAUUGAUAAAACUAACGGUAACACUUCCAGCAGACAGCAUGAAUUUACAGCUGAAAGUUUUAAGCAUGAUCGCGAACGUUGGCUGUAACGUGCUAUGGUGUGACGUGGAGCAUGCCUGGCUUUUGGAAAACGAUUUCAGGACUAUCUAUUUCAAUCUCAUCAUAGAAACCUUCAGCUUGGAGCACUCUUGUACGCUGAAACGAGUCAUGGAACGUUUGUUCCCAAACAUAUGCGACUUCCUGGAAGAGCCUUUUAGUCCCAUACCGAUAUGUGCAUGUUUCCCGAAAAGAUUUCCAUAAACAAUGCAAUAUUCUACAAACAAAAUAUAAUAAUU